AUGACUACAAACAUAAAUAUACCAGCUUCAUUUCAGGAGCAACAUCUUCAACCAGUGAUAUUGACACCGAGUCAAUAUAAUAAAUUGGCCAAUGAUGUCACUCUGUUGGAGCAACACAUCCUGCCCGACUAUAUACAUCCUGAGCACACGGAGCUCCAUGCACUUGGCCAGGAGCCCACAGUACAACAGAAGCAGUUGGCAUUCUUGCUGAAAGAACAAUACUAUCGAUGGUCCAAAGUAGGCGAGUUCGUUGUCGGAUUGGCGACGGGCCAGGCACAGCCACGCAAACAGCUCACACUCGAUGUGCUCAAGAUCACCAUGUCCAACCUCACACAGCUGAAUGAGUAUCGCAAGAACAUACAGCUCGGCACAACCAACCUGCUCACAUACAUUGCACAAGAGCGCUCAGAGUCGCUGCAGGAGGAGCAUCGAGUGAGCGAGAUAAACAUGCUCGAGGCGGCAGAGGAGGAGCGCAAGGAAGGACUGUCCGAUGCCAACACACAGAAGCAGCGCAAGAUCAAUGAGCUGAACUACAGGAAUCCCGAAAGGAUCGACCCAGAGGAUCAGAUUGAUGUUUUGCGAGAGACUCACGCAGAUGAGCGCGAGGAGCUCAAGGAGAAGCUGCAAAUAAUGAACGAGAUAUAUGGUGAGGACCCUUAUCGUUGGCAGGAGAGUUUCAAUCAGUUGUCAACGAGACACAAUCGAGAGAUGGCAGAUCUGAAACGAGAGUAUCGAGGCAUAGUUGGCUACAGUGAUGAGCUUCAGACGAUUACAACAGAGUACGAGGAGGAGAGGGAAGCAGUGCGAGCAGCGUAUGAGCAAAAGAAGAAGAAUAUAACAAACAAGAGGCUGAAAACGUUGCAGAAGACGAUUGAUCAGUACAAUGCUGAGGUCAAGGAGUUAACAGAUGCGAGCAAGCCCAAGGUCGUGGAGGUGGUCGUCGAGAAGAAGGUAUACGUUGACAAGCCUGUGGUCGUCGAGAAGAUAGUCUAUGUCAACAAGCCAGUGGACAAGAUCGUUGAGAAAGUUGUCGAGAAGAUCGUCUAUCUCGAGAAGCCAACCGAUCUGCCGCCACUUGUCCCUACCGCGACUCACCCAAUGUUCUUGCCAUCCAAUCCAAAGACGACCUCCACAACAACAACUACAACCUCGACAACAACAACAGCAUCCUCAGCGUCAACCAAGGCAUCAGUGAUAGCACCUGCGCCAAUACCAGCACCACCACCAGCACCAAUCAAGACAGACAAGCCAGCCAAGAGUGGUGGUGUCGAGAUGGUCGUAGGAGAGACAUACGAUGCAUUGGAGAAGAUAAGGAUCAAGCGAGAAAUGAUCAGUGUGGAGUUGGCGCAGGUUGUCGCCAAUCUGAAGACUUCGCACGUUGGAAAGACGACAAAAGAGAUUGACCAGAUGCCACUGGAGCUGCAAGCACCUCUCAGGGCAGCACUCAAGGCGGAGAAGAAGUUGUACAACAGGAAGAAGGUGCUGUCAUCCAAAAUGGCAGUGCUCAACGAGCGAGAGAAGAUCAUGAGAUUCUAUUACACGCGACAAGAUGUUCCACUGCUACUGGCGCCAUCCAGCGAGAGCAAGUCUGCACUGACAAUGGCAUCACACAAACUAAUGGAGGAUCUGCGAGUCAAGGAUGACAGAGGACUGGCCAUGAUUGGCAACAUCAGGAACCUAUUGAUCAAGCACUUCAGAGGAUACCGCAUCGAUGUACACCUAUUUGGAUCAUCAGCCAAUGGAUUGGCAUUCGUAAACAGUGAUCUGGACAUCUCAUUCCUCACCGACAAGCCUGUCGAUCAGGUCAGGACAACUCAUAAGAUAUCAAGCAUUCUCAAACAGAAUAACUAUGUGGACAUUCUACCAAUCACUCGCACAAGAGUACCAAUUGUGCGCUUCAGAGAUGAGAAGACAAACCUAUCGUGUGACCUCUCAAUCAAUAACCCUCUGGCCAUCCACAAUAGCAGGAUGAUAUACGACUAUUGCCAGAUUGACAAUCGCGUGCGACCAAUGGCCUUUGUCAUCAAGAAAUGGAGCAAGGUCAGAUGCAUCAAUGACGCAUCAAAGAACACAUUACACUCUUACUCGUACGCAAACAUGCUGAUACACUUUUUGCAACGAGAGAAGAUAAAGUUGCUGCCGUGCCUACAGCAGAUGGCCAAUGGCUUUGUGCAAAUAUCGAAUGGCAAGAAGUAUGGCAAUGGCCAGAUCAUGCAGGAUCAGAUGGUGGAUGGCCACAACGUCAAGUACUACAAGAACAUCGACAGUCUCAUGCUGUUUGGCAACCACAACCGAAGCAGUGUUGGCGAUCUGUUGUUUGAGUUCUUCAAGUACUAUGCCGUGGAGUUUGAUUAUAGGCAGACGAUAAGCAUACGUACUGGCACACUACUAGAGAACAAGCAAUGGGAGGACGAUCGUCGCGAAUAUUACCUCAACAUUGAAGACCCCUUUGAUGUCACAUUCAACAUUGCGCGAUCCAUUCGCAAGCCACAUCACCUGGCCGCCAUUGUCCAGGAGUUCCACCGAGCCUACCAACUACUCUCGAACAACGGUACCAUCAGUGAUCUGCUCAAGGAGAAGGAGCAGCCAUCAUCUGGCGAUCAACCAAAGGUAAAGAAAGAGCCCAAGUCAGCAGUAUUAUAA